AUGGCGAGCUGGCUGGGCCUGGCAACCACUCGCUUCAGCCACUCUCCAUCUCCUCUAGUCUUGCGCACCAAAGAUGGAGAGGAGAAGACCUUAGCUGAUGUGUGCAAGGAAAGCACACCUCCUUGCCGACUAAACCCUCUCCUAUUCAAUGGUCACCUGCAGACUAUGUGGACGUCGGUCAAGUACGAGGGUCCCUUGGUCCACUACAAACGGAAGGUUUUUCAAGCAGACUCCACGUACCUUGGCUCCUUUGCCGUCGACUUUGCCGUCGAUCCCUUCGAGGAGCAUGAUGCAAAGCUUCCUCCGCGUACCGCCUACUACACCGAUGAGGAAUUUGACAAGCUGGGUUCCGAUGACAGUAGGCCCAUGUUAAUCGCCCUGCACGGUUUGUCUGGCGGCUCGUACGAGCUGUACCUAAGAGAGGCGAUACAGCCCCUGAUUAUGGAUGAUUCGAAUUGGGAUGUUAUCGUCGUAAACUCGCGCGGAUGUGCCAACAGCGAGAUUACCAGCGGUGUCUUGUUCAAUGCUAGAGCAACAUGGGACGUGCGACAAGUUGUGAAAUGGGCUCACGAAAAGUAUCCCAACCGGCCUCUAUUCGGCAUUGGCUUUUCCCUUGGAGCGAACAUCAUCACCAACUACGUGGGUGAAGAAGGAGCUGGCUGUUUGCUCAAGGCUUGUAUUGCUGUUGGCAAUCCUUUUGAUCUGGAGGUCUCCAGCAAGGCUAUGCAAAACUCGGCCCUGGGACUGAAUGUCUACUCCAAAGUCAUGGGAAACAAUCUCAAAAGGCUCAUCGCCAAACAUAAGGAGAGCUUAUUGAAGCACAGUAACCUUGACUUUGACGUGAUCGAGAAAGUCACAUAUUUGCACGAGUUUGACAGGGCUGUACAAUGCCAGAGCUGGGGAUACCCAACAGAGAGCGCUUAUUAUAGGGAUGCAUCUUCUUCCGACUCUAUACUAGCGAUCAGGAUCCCGUACUUCGCCAUCAGCGCCGCCGACGACCCGGUUGCUGUGGACCAGGCCGUCCCUUACCAGGAAUUCAAAGUUAACCCUUAUACGGUCCACUGCAGCACCUCAUUGGGAGGGCAUCUGUCGUGGUUCGAGCUUGGGGGUGGCAGAUGGCAUGCCCGCCCUGUGGUGAACUUCUUGCGUGAAAUGGCUGCCAACAUUGAUCUCAAUUUCAACAAGGCCAAGGUUAGCAAGGACAUGGAGCCCAAAGCUCCAGACGCGCAUGGGUUUGAUCCCAUGAGAAGGAGGAUGAGGAUAAAUCCGCGACAGCUGAAAGACGACUAG